GGCCACUGACAUGCGUCCCAAAACGCACACAUAUACACAAGAAGGAAAAAUUCUUGCAAUCCUGGGAAAAUUCUGAAAUAAAUCGUGGAAAACUUGUGUUUUCCUUGAUUAUUGCAUCAAUAUUCAGUGCAGCAAAUAUGCAGCUGUACAUUAGGUAUUAAAUAAGAUGUCAAGUAGUGCUAAAUACUUUGCAUCGGUUGAGCUUCCAAAAGACGCCACAUCUCAUUCCAUCAAACAAAAGCUAUUGGCCGGUGGUUUCAGAGAUCCCUCGAGGACGGGGAAUCCAAGUGCCACGGCUUUGGAGGAUGCUGAACCAGAGGUGUUAGAGAAGAGACGAGACGAAUUGCAAAAGGAACUACAGAAGCAACUCAAAAUGGAGUCGCAGGCCAAAAAAUCAGCCCGAAAGAAAGUAUCAGUGAGCACAAAGACAUCUUCCGACAGCAGCAGCAGCUCAGACAGCUCCAGCAGUGGCAGGAAGAAUUCUAGCAGUGAUGAUUCCUCAUCGUCUUCCAGUUCAUCAUCUCGCGAAUCAAGGAAGAGGAUGCUGAAGAAGAAUAUGAAGAGGAGAAGGGCAUCUAGUAGCUCUUCGGAUGAUCAUCCGCCUUUGAAGAAAAAACUCACAAGUCGCAAGCAUGGAUCUCAUAAGAAAUCCAUGGUGAAAAUUCAUGCUAAGAAAGUGUCAUCUGGCAAGGGGCGUAACUCCCGGGCACUUACACCAAUCUCAAUGGGCAGGAAGCGCAGUAUUUCGCCCCAAUUGAAGACGAGUCAGAAGUUGCAGCCGAAGCAGAAGUCAAUCUCCAAGGAGAAGCAUCAUUCGGGACUCGUUAAGGAACGUUCCCGGGACACGAAAGAUCGGGAAUUGUUGCGUGAGAAGGAAAAAGUGAGACUUCAUGCUAAGGAUCGACUGAGGAGUAGAACUCCGGUCAAACCUCGUGUUAAGUCUCGCAGUCCUCGGAGAAGUCCACAGAGAGCCCGGGAGCUGAAGCGCAAGAGCCACGAGAAGCGCUUGAGCCCCUCAAAAGUCCGUGGGACUUUGAGACGGGAUCGCAGUGCUGACAGAUUGUCAGCUAAAGGGUCAAUGAAAGAAGUCUCACGGCGCCAUGAGCCUCCGGGUGCCCUCAAAGAGAGAGACAGGAGAGACAAGGAGCGAGCAGAUCGAGAAGCAGCUCGGAACAAAGAGAGAGCAGAAGCUCUGGCACGUUGCCAGGAGCGUCAGCGAGAGCGAGAGCGCCUCGCCAAAGAGAAAGAACUGGCAGAAAGGGACAAGGCAGAUCGAGGAAAGAUUGCCGAUCGCCUACUUCCGCGUCCGGCAGAAAGAGCCAUCGCCCUGGCGGCCAGCCGAGGUGAAAGCCACGACAAAAUGGACAGAGAUCGUCCGAGGUCUCACAGUCGCAGCAAUGUGCGCGAAUUCACCGAUCGUCCGCCGUACGAUGCACGUCCCGGAGGAGAUCGGCGAUACCAUGAAUCCCCGACAAUUCGCCGGGAGCGAGAAGAGAGGCACGAGAAGUACGUGAUCGUGCGAAAUCGUCCAGAAACUCGAACUCCUCUGACGUACGAUGCCACACGACGAGCUCCCCGGGAGGAACAUGAAAUGUACGGAGAGGUUCCACCUCGAUAUGAAUCCCACGAGGAUCGUCAUCUGACUCAUGAGUACUCCUCCACGAGGACACAAUAUGGCACAGAAAGAAUCCACAGAGAUCACGAAUGGGACAGGAAUGUUGAUCAAAAUCGCUAUGAACGUCCAGAUCUCAUGACCGCAGCCCGUCCGACCGUGCAGAAUGAUUGGGAGAGAAAUGAUAUUCCCAUGACAUCGACCAUGGCCAGGAGCAAUGAGCCCUAUGUCGAAGCUCCGGAUUGGAAGGUGAAUGAGCGUCCGUGGGAGGAGUCCGGAGCAGGAAAGCCUGCAGGAACUUGGCAAGGUGGCAUGAAGGAUGAAUCCUGGGAGGGAUAUCAGGAGCGUGACACGUGGAUUGAUAGGCAUCGGGAUGUGGCUGAUACGGGAGGAAGGCGCUGGCCAGUCAGAAGAUCUGGUCACCAAAUGAUGACACAGGGAGACAAUGAUACCAGGACUGAACCGUAUCGUCGGCCGGGAAUGUCUCACACUCAUGCUCCUCACAUUCAAGGGGAUCACAUGAACAUCAUGGGAGGCGCUUCCUCUGGGAUUUACCAUCACAAUCCAGGUAUGCGGCAUGUUCAGCAGCAACAGCAUGCUGGAGCACAGGACAUGGGUAUGGGAAUGGGAGGAAAGGAUUAUGGGAAUGUUUCGUCAACAUCAUCACAUUUCCCACUGAAUCCACUCAUGUCACAGACACCACUCAAACGCCCUCGAAUUGGCGAAGAAGUGACAAUGCCCGAUGCAAGUGCUCCAUCUCAAGAAUUACCACCAUUGCGAAAGAUGCUGAAGACACCAAAUACAUCCGAAGAGGCAAUUGAGGAUAAUUUGAGCGAAAUAAGUGAUGAUGCUGAUGAUAUAUUGAAUAGUGUGGAAAAUGCCAGUGAAGAAAAAGAUGGAGAGAGUGUGACGAAAGAGAUUGGGGAUGAGAAAAAGAUUAGUGAGGGAGGAGGGAAAAAUGUCCAGGAAAUUGUGGAUGAGAAUAAGGAGGAUUUGGGGGAGAAAAGCAUAAAGGAUAUUCAAGAUGACUUCAAUUUGGGCUUCGAGGAGAUUUCUGAUGGGGAAUUGGAGGAAGAGGCUCGGGUUAAGGGGCUUGGUGAUGCCCUUGGUGUCGAUUGGACGAGUUUGGUGACAGAGAGUCGUGCAAGGGAUCAGGCAAAUAGGAAUGAAGUGACAUCGGUGCGUCAGAAGUGGAAGUAUCAUGAGGUAUUGCUGAAUUUGGGUAUUUCGGUGAAGAUGGCUGGAGAGGAAUUUACAAGGGAACUGCUAAAGCGUGCCAGGGAAGCAGCUAAGGAGGAUUGUGCAAAAAAGGGGCAGGAAGUGGUGAAUGAGGAGAAGAAGGUAAUUGAGAUGGAGGGAGAUGCAAUAUCGCAUCAUGUGGCGGAUGUUCAAGUGGCAAAGAGGAAAGCUAGUGAAAGGAGAGCUCGACUCAUUUCACAGGCAUCAGGAUGCUUCAGUCGAGCUCUCAAUGCACGCAGAGAUUUGCAAAUUCGCCGUCAAUUGUGUGGCUUUCCCAUUCAAGAGGUGCACUAUUGCUCGGUUAGUCCUGAAUUGAACAAUCUGGCUGUGCAGCUCUUCAAGAAGGCAACAGCAGCCACAACAUAAGAAAAUAGACGCGGUGUUCUAUUAAAGUUAAUUAUAUUACUUAAUGUAAUGAAAUUUAUCAAAGAAAAUUGUAAGAAUUUCAGAAUAAAAUUAAAAGGUUUUGAAUCUUAAAAGGA